AAAAACAUAUAGAUCAAAAGUUGAAAAAGACAUGGCAGUAUCAAAGACAGCAAUGCUCAUUGUUCUUGCCGCAAUCCUUCUCUCAUGUGUGUCGAUGUCAAAUGCAAGGGAGCUGCAAAGUCCACAACAUGUGGAGUGUGUUGGAGGAGAAUGUCCACCGAAGCAUCCCCAACAAUAUUUUGGGAGUUGCUUUAGCAAUCAAGAUUGCAAAAAUAGUUGUUUCUCAUCUUGUAAAAUUCAAUAUUGUUAUCAUCAUGAAUGUACUUGCCAACUAUGCGACAAGGAUGCUCCAGCACCUUAUUAGUGCCACAACGUUUCAUCAAUGUACCUUCUUACGUUAUUAAAAAAAGUAUUAUCUUACAUCUUCAUAACAGGAUUAUAUAUCGAACCAUCCUUUAAUUGAAGAAUACGAAUUGCUCUAUUAUUAUUUAACACCAACAAAACGCAAAUGUUUGAUAUAAAAUCUAACAGACACACAUACACACACAAAAGCUGAGUAGCUGACUCCAAUCUCUAUGUUUGCAAGAAGACCAAGAAGGAUGAUCGAUAUCCGAUAUAACAAAUUUGAAUUCGUAUGGAAUAAAAAUUUUAAAAACUGUAAAGUCUUCCAUUCUUUUUUAUUCAUCCUCUAAUUGAUGGAU